ACUCCUGCAAUGACUCAAACAACCUCAGAACGUGACGCUUCUGCAUGACUCGACCGCCCAUAUAAGGACAGCGUGCCCCGCGUUCGUUAUACCCACGACACCAUGACAUCCAGAAGUUGCGCACUUUUCGUCUUCGUUGUCGCGCUCUGUGCCGUGACAGAAGCGGCCCGGCGUCCCGCAGCGCUUCCGAAGCCCCAAAGCAAGGUCGUACACCCGACGCCAGCCCAGACUCACCAGUUCGUGACCGAGUGCCUCAAGAUCGCCAAGAAGGGUUACACCCCCGGAAGUCAGCCGCACAGUGACCUGCACGACUGCCACGAGGAAUACUACGACCAUGAAGAACUGGGUCUCUACUUGAUCAACAUGAGGAAGUGCCUAGAAUCUUCCGCCUAUUACAAGUUGAGUCGCUGCAUCAAUGCACGUGUCGCAAGUCUGGGAUAAGGAGUGCCGAGCUUCAAGCCAAUUUCACGGGGAGUUGUCGAAAUAAAACUUGCCGGAAGGCACCGUAAGGGAAAAUCUGA